AGCCAAUGUACACAAAGUGUGACAUCAGCACGCAUCCCCCAUGUGUUUACGCGCCACCGGAGUAAGAGAUGGAAUCAUGGCAAUGACAAUGAAUCAACACGAUGUCGACAUGCCAAAAGAAGAAGAGGCUGAGAAAGAAGAUGAGCUGUCGAUGUCUAGAUCUGAGAGGUCAGUGCAGAUGAAGAGGAAGAGUAGUGGCAGUGGAGAGGAUUCUUUGGACAGUCUCCUGAACCACCCGUGCUGCCCUCUGACCCCCUCGCUGUCUCCACGGAAAAGGACCACUAGCCAGAGCAAAACUGAACCGCCCCUACUCAGGACCAACAAGAGGACCAUCUACACUGCAGGUCGACCCCCUUGGUACAAUGUAACUGGGACCACCUUCAAAGAGGCUUUCGUCAUUGGCCUGUGUGGAGGAAGUGCCUCUGGGAAAACCACUGUGGCCAAUAAGAUUAUCGAGGCUCUGGAUGUUCCCUGGGUGGUCCUCCUGUCCAUGGACUCGUUCUAUAAGGUAUUGACCAAAGACGAGCAGGAGCUGGCAGCUAAGAACGAGUACAACUUUGACCACCCGGAGGCCUUUGACUUUGAGCUGCUGGUGACUGUCCUGAGGAAGCUGAAGAAGGGCAAGAGUAUCAAAGUACCGGUCUACGACUUCAACUCUCACUGCCGCCGCAAGGAGUGGAAAACUGUGUAUGGUGCCAAUGUUGUUAUAUUUGAGGGGAUUCUGGCGUUUGCAAAUAAAGAACUUUUGAAGUUGCUGGACAUGAAAGUGUUCGUGGACACCGAUUCAGACAUCCGUCUGGUCAGGCGUUUGAAGAGGGACAUAUCGGAGCGGGGCCGUGACAUCAGCGGGGUCAUCAAACAGUACAACAAGUUUGUCAAGCCGAGCUUUGAGCAGUACAUCGAGCCCACUGUGCAGGUGGCCGAUAUUGUGGUCCCCAGGGGGGGUGAGAACUUUGUUGCUUUGGAUCUGAUUGUGCAACACGUUCACAGUCAGCUUGAAAAGAGGAAACUGCGCUGGGAUAUGUCUGCUCUGGCCUCGGCUCACCAGGGACAGCCCCUACCCAAGACCCUCAGCGUCAUGGAGAGCACCCCCCAGGUCCGCGGAAUGCACACCAUCAUUAGGAACAAGGACACUAAUCGCGAUGAGUUUAUCUUCUACUCCAAGAGAUUAAUGAGGCUCCUCAUAGAGCACGCCCUCUCCUUCCUGCCCCUGAAGCCUGUGCAAGUGGAGACUCCUCAGGGUUCCGUCUAUGAAGGGAGGCGACUCAGUGGUAAAAGGAUCACAGGCGUGUCCAUCCUGAGGGCAGGGGAGACCAUGGAGCAGGCGUUGAUGGCUGUGUGUAAAGACAUUCGCCUGGGGAAGAUCCUCAUCCAGACUAACCAUGACACUGGAGAGCCUGAGCUCCACUACCUGCGUCUGCCUAAAGACAUCAGCGAGGACUACGUCAUCCUGAUGGACAGCACCGUGUCUACCGGGGCCGCUGCCCUCAUGGCCGUCCGAGUGCUGCUGGACCACGACGUCCAGGAGGAUAAGAUCUUCCUGCUGUCUCUGCUGAUGGCUGAGAUGGGGGUCCACUCUGUAGCUUAUGCUUUCCCAAAGGUCCGCAUCAUCACCACCGCGGUCGACAAGAAGGUCAACCAUGAGUUCCACAUUAUCCCUGGCAUCGGUAAUUUUGGAGACCGUUACUUUGGGACGGAUGCUCCCUCGGACUGGUACGAGAGUGAUGAUGGGAUGGACUACUGAACAUUCACCAGGAGGUCAUCGCACUAAAAACAUCUCCAUGCCUGCCCUCAACCCGCUCCUAAGAGCUCCGGACUGCUCUUCUGCUGCCUCCUUCAGCAACUGACCUGUUCGGCUCAUCCCCUCAGAGCAGGGUGAAAGGUCAUGAGGCUCCCUACACUUCUGAGGAACAACCGUGAUAUUAGCCUAGCUUUGCUAGCGUUGCCCAUUAGCCCAUGCGUAUCUAUCCAAAACCCAUUCACUGAGGAGGAUAAGUCUUUGUGAUUAUGCUUGUUUGAAUGUUGCUGACGCAGCAGGACCUGUGAAGUUGGAGAGUCUUGAGAAAUGAAAAGCCUCUGUUUUCUUGAAGGAUAACUAUUUAAUUUUUAUGCAUACCCAUUCAGUGGACUCAUAGAAAUAGGUAGGAUGACCAUUCACAGAAUAGUACGACAUCAGGGAUUGAGAGAGUAGGAUAGUUAGUGGCUGUAAGUGCCGUAUCUGAGAUGUGUGUGAACAACAGGUAUAAGUAUAACGUGUUGAUCACCAUUGUUAUGCACAAGGAAUCUUAAAGCAGUGAGAGUUCCAUGCUAAGUGUACAGUGGAUUGGGUAGGUGGAGACAAUAUUAAUUGGUAUAGCUAAUUAAAGUAUUGGUUUACAGACCGCUUCUGUGGACAUUCUGCAUUGUCCUCUCUUUGGAAAAGCCUAUAGAGAGAUACUGUUAUCUUAGUUUAGACCAAGGUCUUAGGUAAUUAUUCACUAAAGGGAACUGCUGUGUUAGAGGUGAUUGAAUUUGGGAAAUGACUUCAGACCCAUUUUUGUUUUAUGGAUUUUAUGAAAUGAUUUAGUACUUGAAUUUAUUUUUAAAGUAUUUUAUUAGGUUUCCCCGUUUCUGAUAUUACGGAUUGUGGUUGAUGCAUUUUUAUUUUUUUUUAAAUCAACAGCCAUUUGAAAAUAUACUUGAAUUAUGUUUUCAGUAAAAAUGAUUUCCUUGUGUGUACAUUCUUUCUUCAUUUAAAUGUUUUCCCAUGGUUGCUUCACAAAGGUAGUAAAAUGUUUCUUGGAGUAUAAUAAAGCAUGUCCUAGGGUGUUUCUCUAUCUUGGAUAUCA